UCCCGCAGUAAGACAGGUUGAUAUUCUAAUGUUCUGCAGAUGGCGUGAGACCUGUCUGUCUGCCGGCGUAUAAACAGACCUUCCCUGCCGGCUCCUCCUGCUGGGUGACUGGGUGGGGCUACACUCGGGAAGGAGGUACCGUGUCACCGCAGUUGCGUCAGGCGCUGCUGCAGGUAAUUGAUCAGGUGGUCUGCGCCGGUCCGGCGGUCUAUGGGUCCUACCUUACUCCCAGAAUGCUUUGCGCCGGGAGCAUGGAGGGAGGCGUGGACGCUUGUCAGGGAGACAGCGGGGGUCCUCUGGUCUGUCAGACGGCUGAUGGUGAUUGGAGGUUGGCGGGCGUGGUCAGCUGGGGCGAGGGGUGUGGCCGACCCAACAAACCAGGUGUUUACACUCGAGUCUCUCACCUGCUGCAGUGGCUCAACCAAUACAUACAGGAUGAAGAUCCAGGUAGAACCAGUGGAACCACAACAGAACAGAACGACACAUUCUGACCCGUUUUUAUUAUUUAAUUUAUUUUCUAAUAAACUUUAUUUUUCUUACACUGA